AUGGCAGACUAUAUCGAUAGAGGAGUCAAGCUCUUUGACGAAGGUACCGAGCGUGAUUAUAAUCACGCUACUGAUUCUGAAUACAAGCGUCUUCGUGCUGAAGCCGAUCAGUUAUAUAAGAAGCGUAACCAACUUAGUCAAGAAUCACAAGCUGCGUUUAAAUCUGGCGAUGGACAACGUGCUCAUGAAUUAUCUGAACAAAGUAAAAAGAUUUUGAGCCAAGCUGAAAAUGUUAACCGUCAAGCUGCCGAGUAUGUAUUCCGUGAAAAUAACGAAGAUAGUGGACCUGACGAAAUCGAUUUACACGGUUUGUAUGUGAAAGAAGCUGUUUGGUUUUUACAACAGAGAAUCGCAUAUGCUGUAAAGACAAACCAGAGCCAUUUACGAGUUAUCGUCGGCAAGGGAUUGCAUUCAGCUAAUGGUAUUGCUAAGUUAAAACCGGCUGUUAAUGAUUUAUGCCAAGAAAUGGGAUUGAAACAUCAUAUAGAUCCUAAAAAUGCCGGUGUUUUGGUGGUUGAAUUAGAAGGUAGUGAUGCGGGUCAAAUUCCGAGUCACUGGAAUGGACAAGCUCCACAACAGGCAUACCAUGGUACUGGACAACCUCAAUACCAUCAACAACAACAACAUCAACAACAACAACAUUACCAACAACCAUACCAACAACAGCAACAGCCACAAGAAGAAGGUGGUAUUCUUGGAUUGCUUCUCAAGGUGGUUUGUGCUUGUAUUAACAGCAAAUAG